GGCGAGCAAAGAAGUACAGCAGAUCGGGAACUCCUAAACUAACAGUUCUCCAGAGGCAUCAGACGCAGACCUAGUUAUACAAGUGCCUUCAGCAUAAAACCUAUCUAAGUCGCCGUUGUCAAUGAGCAGUAAGUUCAAGGUGGAAACACUGAAUUAUUGGACUUGCAAAGAACGAAAAAAUGAUACUUGCCUUCACGAGUAAAACUCCUUCCGAACACAGCCCUGUCUCCAACCACCAACCACCACUAACACCCCACACAACAACCGCUAAAUCACCAGCGCAGCCCAACCAACCUCUCACACGACCUCGCCCACCGCACCAAUCGAGCCGUCCCGACCAGCGCAGCAGCGCAUCAGCGCGCGCGCUUGCGCGUAGCGCCGACCUUAUUUCAGCCUCCAGCUGCCGCUGGUGCUGCCGCAAGAAACCCCGGCGCCCGCCAGGCCGCGCUGGUGGCGCUGCGUCGCGCCGGCCCAAGGGGCGCGUCUCGUGGUUUCGUGACCGGGGUGAGCGAGUGAGCGAGUGAGAGAUUUGUCCGCGAGCGGCGCCUCGCUCGCUGGAAGAAGGGAUUUCUUGUGGAUGGCGCUCCUGCGCUCCUGCUGGUGACGCAACGGCGAACGAGGGCGAUGGUUUGGUGGCUAGCUAGGUGCUGGCUGGCUGCCCGGUUGGA